UUGGAGUGGUCGCUGAGGAUGCCACCAGAAGAAGCCUCUCCAUAUGACCUGCAUAUAGAUUUUAUAGACUUAGGAGCUUGUUAGUUUUUUUCGUCUACCUCAAAAAUAGUUUAAAAUAGUUCAAAUGUUAUUUCUUGUUAUGCCAUCACACAAAAGUGUAGGUGUAACGAGAUGUUUAACAGGCAGCAUUUUAUAAAUAGGCUCACAAAGUAACGGAUCCAAUUGAAAAAUCUGUAUCUGAAGACAACCUCCAACAGUGAUGAUGAAGAUGAAACUCACCAUGAACCGACCAGCCAACACCAUCGGACCAAACCAGUAAAAGUCGUCUUUAUGGAGUUUCAAAAUGACAUUUUCUAAACUGCUGAACGAGAGCAAUGAUGAAUUCCCCUCGGACUUUCUCUCCAACAUCAGCAGCAACACCACCACCUGUGAGGGCAUCACCCUCGACUCUCAAGUCAUCGGUGUGGGAAUCUUUCUGGCCAUUUUCAUUUUGGUGGCGAUCGUGGGGAACAUUUUGGUUAUUCUCUCGGUCCUUUGCAACAAACAUUUGCAGACGGUCACCAACUUCUUUAUUGUGAACCUGGCCAUAGCGGACCUUCUGCUGAGUAUCAUUGUCCUGCCGUUCUCCGCGUCUCUGGAGGUGUUGGGAUGCUGGGUGUUCGGUCGGGUCUUCUGCAACAUCUGGGCAGCGGUGGAUGUGCUCUGUUGCACGGCGUCUAUUUUAAGUUUGUGCAUUAUAUCCAUAGACAGGUACAUCGGGGUGAAACACUGUCUGAAAUACCCCACUAUCAUGACUGAACGGAAAGCAGGUGUCAUACUCGUGGUGGUCUGGGUUUCUUCAAUGGUUAUUUCUAUCGGACCGCUUUUGGGAUGGAAAGAACCUCCACCUAUUGAUGAAAGCAUCUGCAGCAUCACGGAGGAACCGGGUUAUGCUCUGUUCUCCUCCUUAUUCUCCUUCUACCUCCCGCUCAUGGUGAUUUUAGUCAUGUACAUUAGAGUAUACAUCGUGGCCCGCAGGACUACAAAAAGUUUGGAAGCGGGAGUGAAACGGGAGAGAGAUAAAUCAGUGGAAGUGGUGCUGAGGAUACAUUGCAGGAGCAUACCGGAGGAUUCGAGCACGAACUCGAAAACAAAAAACCACCCGUUCAGAAGUUCGCUGUCCGUGAGACUCAUGAAGUUCUCCAGGGAGAAGAAAGCUGCUAAAACCCUCGCCAUCGUCGUGGGCAUGUUCAUUCUUUGUUGGCUACCGUUUUUCUUCGUUUUGCCUUUGGGCUCUUUCUUCCCAGCUCUGAAGCCUUCUAAAAUGGUGUUCAAAGUAAUCUUCUGGCUGGGCUACUUCAACAGUUGCAUUAACCCCGUAAUUUACCCCUGCUCGAGCAAGGAAUUCCAGCGCGCCUUCACCCGUCUGCUGCGCUGUCAGUGUCAGCGGCGGCGCCGCAUCCUGCGCCGGUUCUACGAUCAGCGCUGGAGAACGGCCAUGCGGGGACACCGGAGGGACCCGCACAGAGACUACUGCUCUGGAUUCCCCUUUCACGAGCAGUGCGGUAACUCUAUAUAUUCCUGCCAGAGCAAAAGCCGGCCUCUUAGUCUGAAGGGCUGGAGCUUCUUCCCCCCUUUACAGAAGUCCUCCUUCCAGCUGAAGGAGAAAAUGAACAACCUUUCCAAUAAGAUCAAGAACGGGACGGGGAAGAGUAGCACGUCUGCUCUGGCCCGGACAGAGAUUGACACGGUCUCCAUGGGGAUCUAUAACGACUGCGCCGAUCAGAGCAGCUACCAGAUCUACGACCUCACAGAGUGCUACGGCCUGAAGGAAACAGACAUAUAAACAAAGACAGAGUUUACUGUUUGUUUUCUCAGAGCUCUGACCCACUGCCAGCUCUUAGGAAUUGUUAGAUUUUUUUUAAAAAUCUAUCAUAUUUCCUCAAAGACUAGUACUAUUCUUGUUAUGUCUUAAAGUACUGGCUUCAACACAGUUGAGAAGCAAAUCUGAGGGAAAAAGGACAUUGUGUGUUAAAGGAGAUUAAUGUAUUUUCACAUGGAUAAUUUAAAAAUAUUUCUUUAAAAGUGGGAAAAGUACACUGAAUGGAAAUAUUAUGAAAAAACAAACUUAUCUGCACUGGACCAGAAUGAAAAGACUCAUAGCUGCUGGGUAUCUGUAUACUGUGUUGUCCAUGUGGCCUUUGAGAAAUAGUCAGAUGUUUCAAACUCUCUGAUGACCAGCAAUGGUUUGAACUGUAUUUACAAUGAGCGAUUGUUACAAUGACUUUGACCCGUUGUCCAUUGAGUGUGAAUGGAAAACAUAUUUAACUGUGAUGUAUUCAAGAGACUGUUGAAUCCAUGAUACUGAUUUCUAUUGACAUAAUGAUUCACUGUGAUUCGCAGAUUACUGUGGAAUUCACUUUUAAAUGACUCGAAAUUGAUUUAGAGGUACAUACCAUUAAAUGUGAGGCACAAUUUAUAAUUGAAAUGGAUUUUGUGCAGAUGUUUUCAGUUUUUCAGAGGGUAGUUGAAUACUGUGUGCUAUUCAUGCUACUCUUAUUUCAACCAUGAGAUUUUCAGUCAUCUCUAAAAGGACCAACAUUAAAAAAAAAAAAAAUCAUAAUUCAUGGACUACAACUCAAUUUUUUUGUGUUGCUGAUAAAAGCUUUGGGUUUCUUUGUAAUGCUGAUGUGAUGACGUCUUUCGGUGUCAACUACAAAACAUAAUAAAUAUGAAAAGAGCA